UUGAAGCGGCAUCUUGAACUACCGGCAGGUGUCUAAACAGUUGUGAUAAGCCUGACGUGUUUGGGGACCUCAGGCGUGAUAAAAGCCCUCCACUCUCGGGCCCUUCAUGUCAAACUCGGCUCGUUGUGGAUAAACGACAUUUAUUAUUUCACCACCCGCGGACCUCAAGGAAGUUGGAUAAUUGGUUUAUUUAAAAAUAUAAAUGCUGUGGGAUUUAUUAAUUUGGAUAAUUGGUUAAUUCCAAGCAGUAAAACGUUUACUGUGUCGGCGCUUGAACAACGUACAAAAAACAACAAUUCUACUAUCAGAGAAUGGAUCCGCCAUUGAUAACCGCGUACGCUUCGACCCGCUUCGCUCCCUUGAAUAAUGAAUGGUAGGAUUCUGGGAACACGAGGCGGACUUGGUUCUGCCGGAAGUGACUUGAAUAUUUAACCGUGGCCAUACAAAAUGUGGAGCCGGAGAAAUUGAAAGGAAGAAAAAAAGGAAUAAUGAAACCAAAUAUUGAGUGAUUUGGUUGGAUGAAGUUGGUUCUUAAAUUACAGAAGUAAAAUAAUUUUCUUGGAAUUUUUUAUAACAAAAAAAAAAGCUGGUUUUUUUCCCACUCGGGUUAAUUUCCAUUAUUCACCGUGUCUAUUUCCAUUUCAAGAUGUUAAAAUCUGUGGUGCUUUGAAAUAUCACAGGAGUAAAAUGAUAAAACAAAUAUUCGCACAACUGAAUUCAUAUUUAUAUGGGUUUUUCUAAGUGGAUUGACAAUAUAGUAGGUAGAUCGUCAUAACCAGAGCAUUACGUCAAAUCCUUAUCAUAAGUACAUAUUGUGAAAGACUGAUUCCUUUGGAACUUUUAUUACAAUGUAAACUACACAACUAGUUCUUUCUGGUAGGGCAUAUUGUGUAAUGUUAAUGUGUUCUUAUAAGGGACUAACAUUUCAAGCUACUGAUUUAGUUCUUAUAAGGGACGGAUCUAUGUUCUAAUAAGGAACGGAUAUAUGCUCAUAUAAGUGUAUGAUCUACGUACAUAUAAUAGAGUGACCUAUGUCCAUAAAAGGGAGUGUUCUGUGUUCCUUCAAAGGACUGAUCUAUGUUCACUAAGGGACUGAUCUAUGUUCCUAUAAAGGACUGAUCUAUGUGAUGUGUCCUUGCUGUGUGUGAUAGAAGGGAAUUUCAGCCAUGUUGACCUUUGGCUCGUUCAGGGGUCAGCGUUUGACCUUUGAUGUCCCGGUCGGGAUGACCAUACACCAGCUAAAGGAAAUGAUCAAAGAGAAACUUGGAAUAUCCGGGGACCUCUACAAACAAGACAAGAAAGUGCUCGCCCUUAGCUACGCUGGAGCUGAGUUGGGCGACCAUUGGGUCUUCUCUGAUCUGGGGAUUUUACACGGCAGCAGCAUCAAAAUACAGCUGAAGGAGGAAGUGAAGCCGGCCCUGUAUAUCAGGUGUUCUCACAGUCUGGAGACAGUACCCGUGUAUGAGGACAUCGGCAUCACACACAGGAAGAUGUGCGAGAUACGGAGCAUCGCCUCAAUGAAAUCCGGCCUGCCAGUCGGAAUCUUUCGUCUGACGACAGCGGACGGACGGGAGAUGUAUGACACACACAGUCUGGACGACUACGGGGUGGACAUCGGUCAUACAAUCUUGCUGGAGAACUGGGACGGAUGGAACGAGUUUUUAAACCUGGCCAUCAUGGGCUUUACUCCACAGGUCAUCUCCCAGCUGAGUGACGAAGAUGUGCUGGCCAGGUACCAGAUGAAAGUCGCCCUUUUCAUCGCCGCCCACUUCGGUCACGUUGACUUGGCCAAGUGCCUGCUCCGCCUGGGGUGCCGGGCGGGUGAGGGGACGGGGUACCACCCCGCCCGGUCCUGGUGUCAGGUGGGUACCCGCAGCUCCACCGGUGGUCCCUGGGAUGAACAGGAGAACGGCCACAAAGACAGUCUCAAAAGCCCCGUCCACGAGGCGACCCUAUACGGGCAGCUUGGCGUCCUGCGGCUCUUCGUCAACCACGAUAUCACCUGCCUCAAGGCCAAGGACGCAGACGGCCUUGAACCCAUCAACCUCGCGCUGCGUCACAACAUCCGGAACUGCGCCUCGUUCCUGUUGACGAAACAAUGGACCAAAGUCCCGCUGACGAGGUCGUACUCCGUCCAUCUCGGGACCUUCGCGUCCAUCAAAAACUGGUGCGAGCGCGCGAAGGAGCAGGUUCUACUCAAACACGGACUGAGCAAAUCUUCAAUCAACCGUCGUAUUUUCCAUCCCGGUCCCAUGGUCGGGCAUGGGGUCUUCGUGGACGGGUAUUCCCCCAGCCCUAUGAACGGGAAACCCAAAGCUCAGCUACAAAGGGAGAGUAGGGACUUGAAAGAGGAGGAUAAAUUGAACCAGAGGUCAACUUGGGUUGAGAGGUCGUCCGUGACGUCAGUCGACGACCCUGAGAGUUAUUUUAAAUCCAUCAUGGCCGCUGAGAGGAAGUCGUUGCAGAAAGGUCAAGGGAGGUACCAGUUGCGGUGGGGGAAGACGAUGAACGAGACCAAAUCGGUGAAUAGCUUCGCCAAAGUCAAAGCCGAGGUGAAAAAAACAGCAGGAAAUGACGUCACACACAGACGACUGGCUGGAGACACGCCUGCUGAGGCUGCUGACCAAACGUCAGACGUUUUCAAGAGCAGGUUUCCCGCCAUCACGGGAGCCAAUCGAAACGUCACUGUCUACCACGAGGCGAAGGUCAACGUGCCGCUCAGCCAAUCAGAUGCCGAGAAAAACGAUGACGUCGGAACACAAACUCAAAAAGGUGAAAUCAGAUUGGUGAAAAACUCAAAGAACGCUUUUUUCGUCACGUCACAUCUUCGGAAGGAUGUAAACGGGGUAGAAAAUCAGCUGACUGGCAAUGUGGCGGUUGCUAUGGAAACAAACGACACAAACAAACCAGACGCUUGCGUCAGCGUCAUGUCUGACAAAAGCAGAGACGUGCCCAAAAAUGGGAAACCAAACAUCGAUCCAGCCGUCGUAUCGGGAGUAUCGCAGAUGGGAAGUGACGUCACGGAUGACGCAAGCAGCCAGGGGAGGCAAUCACGCCGGCGGCGCAGGGGGAAGAUUUCGAACGCCAUGUUGUUGUCGAGGGCGAAAUCAAGCGAGGGUCCCAUCCCCCUGCCGCUGAUCAGCCACGAGCAGGCGCGCAGGCCUUUCUUCUACCACCAAGGUCAGAGAGAGGAGGAGUUUCUGGAGAAGACCCUGAAGCUGGUCAGCAAGUACAAGGGCGAUUCCAGCCGAGAGAGGGCCAUCAAAACACUGACCAUGGCCAACUCGUUUAAAGGGAAACCGUGGCUGAGUCAGGUGAGGGUGGCCUUGAGCGUGUCGAACAAUUCGUUGAAGCGUAGCGUCUGUGAGAUGUAGGUUUCAACCGUGAAACUUGUCAGUGGAGGCUACAGCGGUGAAACUUGUUAGUGGGCUACAGCGGUGAAACUUGUCAGUGGGCUACAGCGGUGAAACUUGUCAGUGGGCUACAGCGGUGAAACUUGUCAGUGGGCUACAGCGGUGAAACUUGUCAGUGGGCUACAGCGGUGAAACUUGUCAGUGGGCUACAGCGGUGAAACUUGUCAGUGGAGGCUACAGCGGUGAAACUUGUCAGUGGGCUACAGCGGUGAAACUUGUUAGUGGAGGCUACAGCGGUGAAACUUGUCAGUGGGCUACAGCGGUGAAACUUGUCAGUGGGCUACAGCGGUGAAACUUGUCAGUGGAGGCUACAGCGGUGAAACUUGUCAGUGGGCUACAGCGGUGAAACUUGUUAGUGGAGGCUACAGCGGUGAAACUUGUCAGUGGGCUACAGCGGUGAAACUUGUCAGUGGGCUACAGCGGUGAAACUUGUCAGUGGAGGCUACACCAUGGAACUUGUCAGUGGGCUACAGCUGUGAAACUUGUCAGUGGUGAAUUGGGCUACAACAGGGAAACUUGUCAGUGGUUAAUUGGGCUACAACAGGGAAACUUGUCAGUGGUAAAUUGGGCUACAACAGGGAAACUUGUCAGUGGUAAAUUGGGCUACAACAGGGAAACUUGUCAGUGGUGAAGUGAGUUACAGCGGUCAGUGGUAAAGUGGGAUACACUAGUAUAAUUUGUUUGUAGUAAAUUGGGCUACAACAGGGAAACUUGUCAGUGGUUAAUUGGGCUACAACAGGGAAACUUGUCAGUGGUAAAUUGGGCUACAACAGGGAAACUUGUCAGUGGUGAAGUGAGCUACAGCGGUCAGUGGUA